CCUGUGCCACUUUUACUGCGCGGAGCGGUUGCCAGGAAACCGCGACGCUGUGGUCCCAGUCUCUGGGUCUUGCUAGCUAAAGACCAUGGCCAAAUUCGUUAUCGCUGGUAAAGCAGACUGCCCAUAUUAUGCUAAGGCAGAACUUCUGGCAGACUAUUUACAAAAGAAUCUUCCUGACUUUCGGAUUUUCAAAAUCACGCAGCAUCCUGAUGUGUGGGAGGAGUGGCUGGAAGACCUCUGUGAAAAGAACAUGUGGGAUCACAGAAGCUCGCCCAUUAUCUGGAGAGAGCUGCUGGAUCGCGGAGGCAAGGGCUUGCUCUUGGGAGGAUACAAUGAGUUCCUGGAGCACGCCCAGCUUUACUAUGGUGUCACUUCCAGCAUGACCACAGAGCUGAUGAUGAUCAUCGCCCAAGAGAACCUACAGGCACAUGUAGAAGAAGAUUUGGAGAAAGAAGUCCUGAAAGAUGUCAUCAGCCCCUUGCAGGUCUGGAUUGCCAGUGCAAGUACUAAUGUGUGCUACCACCUAAUCCCCCUCUUGGUAAGUGGAGAAGUGUUUGGGAUGGACACGGAGCUCAGCCUGACCCUGUUUGACCGGGAGCACACCGAAGACUGCCUGAGGAGCAUAGUGAUGGAAACUGAGGACUUGGCAUCGCCGUUCCUCCGCAGUGUCUCCUUCUGCACUAAGGCAGAUGAGGCCUUUCUUCAAGCCCAAGUCAUCAUCAUCCUGGAUGACAGCACAGAGGAGGAAGUGUACACCCUGGAGAGCUGCCUGCGGAGCAGGCUGCCGCUGUGCCGCAGCUACGGUCACCUGAUGGAGAAAAACGCUCACAAAUCUGUCAAGGUCAUUGUGGGAGGGAAAACCUUUGUGAAUCUUAAAGCAACUUUGCUCAUGCAAUAUGCCCCUAACAUCGCAAGCAACAUCAUCGCGGUGGCGCUGGGUGUGGAAGGCCAAGCGAAAGCAGCAGUAGCCCGAAAGAUGAAAACAACCUCAGCCCACAUCAAAGAUGUGAUAAUUUGGGGUAAUAUCAGUGGAAAUAACUACGUUGAUCUGAGGAAAGCAAAAGUUUACAACUAUGAGAGUGCUGUUAAGGGACCUCCUGGAUAUUAUCACUCUGUGUUAAACUUGAUUUUUGACAGGGAGUGGGUAACAAAAGAAUUCGUGAUGAUGCUUCGCGACUUGAGCAGCACCGGAAAACAAUUUGGAGGCAUUUUGGCUGCACAUAGCAUAGCCACCACCCUGAAGUACUGGUACUAUGGCUCACCCCCUGGAGAGAUUGUUUCCUUGGGGAUCAUGAGUGAAGGCCAGUUUGGUAUUCCUGAGGGCAUUGUCUUUUCUAUGCCUGUGAAAUUUGAGAACGGAACUUGGGUGGUUCUUACAGACCUGGAGGACAUUGAGCUGAGUAAGCAGAUACUAAACAGGCUCACAGAGGAUCUGAUUCAGGAGAAACUUGUUGCAAUGGGAGACUUAUUAAUUUUUAAGCCAGUUGAAGAAGGUAAUCUCAUAAAUGUGUUGUCCCAUUGGGCUGAUGUCUAAAAGGUACUUACAGAGGGC